AUGGUUCAGCUGCAAUCGUUCCUGAUCAGAUCAGCAAAUAAUAAUUUGCGGAGCUUAUGGCUUUGCGUUCUUCUUCUUCGUCUGUUACUAAAUCACUAUUUUUCUCUUUCUCUCUCUCGUUCUCUCUCUGACUCUCUCCGCAGAUACGACUGUGAAGAUUCCAAAUCAGCAUGCAAAAUCCUGAAUGGCCGAGAGGCGCGGAAUCGUGCGGAAAAAAACCGCCGAGACAAACUGAAUGGAUCCAUCCAGGAGCUGUCCAGUAUGGUGCCACAUGUGGCGGAGUCUCCCCGGAGGAUCGACAAAACGGCAGUGCUCCGGUUUUCCGCCCACGCCCUGAGGGUAGAUUACGUGUUUGGCAAAUCUGAAGAAAGCCUUCAACAAAAGUCCCCAAAAGCGUCUGGAGGGCAGCAACAGCAGCAGCAGCAGCAGCCACUCGCCUCUCCGGUGGCCACCAUCGUCAAAUCCGAGGUUCAGGACACGUUGUUCCGGAUGCUCAAUGGUUUCCUGCUGACGGUGACGUGCCGCGGUCAGAUCGUGCUCGUUUCAGCCUCCGUUGAGCAGUUUCUCGGCCACUGUCAGACCGACCUGUACGGACUCAACCUGUUCAACCUUAUCCACCCGGACGAUCACAACUUGCUCAAACAACAGCUGAUCCCGAGUAACCUGGGAAACCUGUUCGAUGGAUCCGUAUCGGCUGGAUCCUGCAGCAGCAGCAGAUCCCCGGUAUCGCCAGCAGCUUCAACUAGCGGUGCCAGCGCCGACGGUCGUUCAACAACGUCAGCAACCGGAACCGGAACUGCUAGCAAUAAUUCAAGUGCAACGGCAUCGGACGCAUCGGAUUCCCAUGCGCAGCGAUCGCACGAAGAGGAAGAGGAAAUCGAUCGCAAACUGCGACAGGAUCGGAGAAAGUUUAGCCUGAGAAUCGCUCGAGCUGGCCCCCGUUCGGAACCUACCGCGUACGAACUAGUCACCGUUGAUGGUUGCUUCCGGCGGGCCGAUGCGGCACCACGUGGUUCCAAGCAAAGUGGCCCCUCGGGACUGCAACUGUUGAGGAGGGCACGUGGCCGCGAUGACGGAAUUUCCCUACACAGUAUAAAUGGAAACGAUAUUGUCCUGGUGGCAAUGGUGCAGGUCAUGAAAGUGCCGACCAUCUGUGAUAGAUUGAUUGAGGCUUGCAAGUACGAGUACAAGACGAGGCAUCUGAUUGACGGCAGGAUAGUGCAAUGCGAUCACAGGAUAUCGGUGGUGGCCGGAUAUUUGACGAACGAAGUGUCUGGGUUGUCCCCGUUCACGUUUAUGCACAAGGACGACGUUCGAUGGGUGAUAGUAGCGUUGCGGCAAAUGUACGAUUACCACCAGAAGGAUGGUGAAUCCUGCUAUCGGUUAAUGACCCGCACCGGGGAUUUCAUCUAUCUGAAAACGACUGGUUACUUGGAGGUCGAUGACACCACCAAGGUCGUGAAGUCCUUCGUCUGCAUCAACCGGCUAGUGCCCGAAGAUGAAGGUCGCCGUCUGGUGCGGGAAAUGAAGCAAAAAUACUCGGUGAUGGUGAACCAACUGGAGUUACCGGACGAAAGCGACGAACCCGUUGUGGAAAACCCACAACAAAUCGAGCGUGCCGUUAUGAAUCUUAUUACGAACCUACAUCCGAGCGAGGAUGAUCCCGUUCCGGUACCGGCCAUAUUGGAACCCUCUGGAUCUGAUCAGUUGGCAAUUAUUGCGCCAAAACCCAGCCAAGUCAAGUCGGCAAUCGUUAAAAGUAUAAACGUUAUUGCCGUUGCAUCGAAGAAGAUGUCCGAGAACGGUAGUGAGUCACCUUACCGAGAAGAAUCCACAAGUUCUGGGCCACCAAUACCCAUUACCCAAGACCAUCGUCAAAGCAGCACCUCGGAAAGACCCUCGGUGCUGCAGAAAGUUGAAAGCAAAAGUUCAGCGUCGUCAGAGUGCCAUAGAGUUCCGCCAUUGCCCGGUUCCGAUCACUACUUCACCCAACCCAUCUCACCCUACAGUACAGCAAGCAGUUGCAGCAACUCGGUAAUGUCACCGGCUUCUCAGCACGUUUUUCAACGGAACAGCAGGAGUCCAUUCGGCGGUAGCAUUCCGCCGAUGUCUCCUCCGGCAACGGGUGGAACGAUGAUCUACACCAAGAUCCACAGUGUGGACAGCAGCGGUGGUCAAACAACUACACGUACAACCAGCGUCCUAAAGCGGACUUAUAGCAACAGCAGCAUACCCAACAACAACGAUGACAGUCAUGGAGGCCAUAUUAGCGAGUACUUCGAGCUGAAGCGUUGCCGGCAGAGUGCAACCAACAACUUGAGUACCUGCCUGAGCGAACUGGUUAAUCCGGCAACGAACCUCAUCACCUCCCUACCGAAUGCCUUUGAGGCCGUAGAUCAGUCGCUGCUCAAGAUGGAAAACAAAACGGCCAUGAUGAGGGAUCAAGUGAGCGGCUACGAAAACCUGCAGCAUUCGCAACUGCGGUUGAAUAAGAUUGUGGUAAGUUGAAAACAUUGGAAUACCUUUAAUCCUACUCUGGACAUUUUAUAACUCUUCACAUUUCGGGUGAUCGAAUACCGAAUACUCAAUUCAGGGCAAUUCAUUUACUAACGUGGUUUUCACACCACUCAGAAACCCGUUGUUCCCG